GUCAUCAUCGCAGCAUGGCAGCGUCCGGGUGACGUAAAAGAAACCAGAACCGACUGAUUUAUUAACACAGAGACGUGCACGUUUUCGUCGCACAGAUUCAUUAUAAAAUGUACAAAAGCAUGCGUUCCAAGUCACCUGAGAAGAGUGGCUUGCAAAAACUCGCCGUCCAUACAACAUACAGAACCGAGACCGACUACAAUCCGGAAGCGACGCCGCAGUAUUUUCAGGUUUCUGUGAAUGUGUUAGAAGCUAAAAAGCUAGCAUGGCACAAUCCUCAGUCAGCGAAUUCCUACGUUAUAAUUGUUCUCAACAAGAAGAAACAUCGGACUAGCAUUAGAAAGAAUAUGACAGAGCCAUCAUAUAGAGAAAGCUUCGUAUUCGAGAUGUACACGAGCAUUGAAGAAAUACGACAGAUGUGUUUGUGGCUGGCCGUCAUGGAGCCACGCUGUUGUGCUCCGCCCAGACUCCUCGGUGAAGCGAGUGUCGACUUAGGUUCCAUUUGGCUGCAAACACAUCAUCAAGUAUUUCACAAGUGGGCACAGUUGUGCUCGCCGCGGGACCCCGCCGCUGGGCCAGUGGGCUUCUUGAAAGUUGACAUCUCUAUCAUUUAUAGAGGCGAAUUGCAACUAUUACCAGUAAUCGCAUCUAACGUUGAAGAGAGGGAAGAAAGUCUCCUUCUCCCUAUUGGGUCCGAACAACAGCGGGCCAAUUUUCUCAUUACCAUAUACAGCGCUUUUGGUUUACCGAACGGAACUCAUUGCCAUGGCGACAAGCGAUAUGGGAAACCUCCGUCAACAUUCGUCAAAGUCGCAUUUUGCGGUCUUGUGGCGAAGACUGCCAUUCAGCAGAGAAGCACUCAGCCGAUGUACUGCGAGCAAAUAUCUAUGGUUGAAUUGUUCCCUAACAUGAAUCAACUUAUACGCUUCGAAGUGUGCGCAGCAGACGGUUGUUUUAAUAAAGUGCUUGCAAGCACUUAUUUGAAGCUCGGACAAAUAUCUCACGACGGCGAAAACGGUUUCCUCCCAACAUUUGGUCCAUCUCUUCUGCAUAUGUACGGAAGCGCUUGCUCUAACACCGUGGGAGUUACUUCCGAGGACGGGCCAUUCCAUCGCGGCGCUUUGCUCAUAUCCCUGAAGACUAUUGUACCAUACUAUAAGCAGCAUAUUAGAGCUACGAGUGUUGAGCCUGUUGGACAUAUAAGACCGGAUAACCACUGGAUAUCUGGAGAUUACUGUGUCUUCUGUCCACUUCUGGAGAUAUCUAUGGUCGAUAAUGACUUGGUACCAAAAACCUGUGGUGUUGCAAUAUCUAUGGGCGAAGUUUACUGUGAACAAAGAGCUGAUGAAG